AUGUCCUGUGUUAAAGAGGAGUGUGAGGAUGUCAGCGUCAUGGAGGCGCCUGGACUGAAGACUGAAGACGAGGAGGUGGAGACGGGUCAGUAUGGACUCUAUGUAGUUCUCGACUCUCGGCUCCUCCUAAUCCUCCAGACGCUAAUCUCUGCUCUAACGUCGCUCCCAGCACACCGGACCCUGCGGCUGGUCUCACAAAGCACAGUGUUUUGCUUGGCCAGCUACGUAUAUGGGGACUUGUCUUGUUUGGUGUGGACUUUUUUCAGUUCAGUCUAUUUGACAGAUGCCAAGACUCCGCCUGUACUCAGCCAUUUGAGGGAAGAGUGUGCUGCACAGAAAUCUGACCAAACCGCUCAGCAUGAAAGAAGCUCCAGUGAUUCUUCCCAACAGAAGGAUCACCUGAGAAUUCAUACUGGAGAAGAAGCUUUCAGCUGUUCACAGUGUGGGAAGAGCUUCACCUCUGAGAGAGCUCUGAAAUGCCACAUGGACGUCCAUGAAGGAAAGAGACCUCAUCAGUGCUCUCAGUGUGAGUGGAGUUUUGAACAUUUUACAGAUUUAGAACAACACGAAAAGACUCAUACUGGAGAAAAUCCUUUCGUCUGCUCUGAGUGCGGGAAAGGCUUUUCAACCUCAAAAAAAUUUGACAUCCACAUGACAGAACAUGCUUGGAAAAAGCCCUUCACCUGCACUCAAUGUGGAAAGGUUUUUUCAACAACAUGCUACCUUAAAAUUCACAUGAGGAUUCAUACUGGAGAAAGGCCUUUCAGCUGCACCCAGUGUGGGAAGAGUUUUUUGACCUCAGCCCAGUUUAAAAUCCACAAGAUGAUUCAUACUGGAGAAAAGCCUUUUACCUGCUCUGAGUGCGGAAAAGGUUUUUUAAUGUCAAGCCACCUCAAAACCCAUAUGAUGAUUCACACAGGAGAAAAGCCUUUCACCUGCACUCAGUGUGGGAUGGGUUUUGCAUGUUCUGCAGAGUUAGAAGUCCAUCAAAGAAUUCACACUGGAGAAAGGCCUUUUGUCUGUUGUCAAUGUGGAAAGACAUUUAGAGUAAAGAGAAACUUUAAAGCCCAUGUGAAGAUUCAUACUGGACAAAGGCCGUUUUCCUGCUCUGAGUGCGGAAAAAGUUAUUUAAGAUCAAGAGACCUGAAAACCCAUAUAAGGAUUCAUACCGGAGAGAAGCCAUUUACCUGCUCUGAGUGCGGAAAAGGUUUUUAUAUGUCACGCCUCCUUAAAAACCACAUGAUGAUUCAUACUGGAGAAAAGCCAUUUUCCUGCUCCGAGUGCGGAAAAAGUUUUUGUAAAUCAAUCGACGUCAAAAGACACAUGAUGACUCAUACUGGAGACAAGGCUUUUACCUGCUCGGAGUGCGGAAAAGGUUUUAUAGCGCCAAGCCACCUUAAAGCCCACAUGAAGAUUCAUACUGGAGAAAAGCCUUUUACCUGCACUCAGUGUGGGAGGAGCUUUUUUACAUCAUCUCACUAUAAAAUCCACAUGAUGAGUCACACUGGAGAAAAGCCCUUUACCUGCUCUGAGUGCGGAAAAGGCUUUUGUACAUCAAACGAUGUUAAAAGACACAUGAAGAUUCAUACUGGAGAAAAGGAUUUUAACUGCUCUCAGUGUGGGAAGACUUAUAAGAGAAAGAAAGCCUUUGAUGAUCACAUGUUGGAUCACACAUUAUGAAGCUUCUACAACCCCAUUUCCAAAAAAGUUCGGACGCUGUGCAAAAUGUAAAUAAAAACAAAAUGCAACGAUGUGCAAAUCCUUUAAACCCUAUA